GAUGAAGCAACUUGCAAAACAUUCCUAAAAUACAAAGCAAGAAGAAUAAUAUUUAAAUGUAAAUCAUCAUUAUACCACUUUAUCCAUCAAAGUGGCUUCAUUCCACUCUCUCUCUUCUGUUUAUAUCUUACAUCAAAUAUUAGAUAAAGCAAAGGGUGUAGGAGAAAUAAGUGCUUUUCACAGUCAUUCCUCUUUGCAAUGGGAGUGCUAAGGCGCCAGUAUAUCUCCUUUAGGAGCUUGGUUCGGUCCAAUGGAGGACCACAGGCAGUAUUCACCUUCCUUCUGGUUCCAUGUUGUUUGACCCUGGAUUUCAGAGCACCCCCUCUUAUUCCAAAUAUUCCUUUCCUCUGGGCCUGGAAUGCCCCAACUGACCGUUGUGCUAAAAGGUUUGACAUGCCUCCAGAUCUAAGCCUCUUCUCUGCAGUAGCAAACCCCCAAAAAGAUGUCACAGGACAAUUUAUUACAUUAUUUUAUGCUGAUAGACUUGGUUACUACCCUCACAUAGAUGAAAGAACAGGCAAAAGUGUGCAUGGAGGAAUCCCCCAGAUGGGAUCCUUAAAAGAGCAUUUGGACAAAGCUAAAAAAGACAUUUCCCAUUACAUGCCAAUUGACAACGUGGGCUUGGCUGUCAUUGACUGGGAAAACUGGAGGCCUAUCUGGGCGAGAAACUGGAAACCAAAAGACAUUUACAGGAAUCAAUCCAUUGAGUUGGUUCAGCAACAAAAUAUACAACUUACUUUCACAGAGGCUGUCAAGAUAGCAAAAGUGGAUUUUGAAAAGGCAGCAAAGAGUUUCAUGCAAGAGACUUUAAAACUGGGAAAAUCACUUCGACCAAAUCACUUAUGGGGUUAUUAUCUUUUUCCUGAUUGUUACAAUCAUAACUAUAAACAACGUAGUUACAAUGGAAGUUGCUUGGAUAUAGAGAAAAGAAGAAAUGAUGCACUCGACUGGUUGUGGAAGGAAAGCACUGCCCUUUUCCCAUCCAUUUAUUUGAAUAGCAAGUUAAAAUCUUCUCCACAAGCUGCUCUCUUUGUUCGUAAUCGUGUCCAGGAAGCCAUUCGGAUGUCUAAAGUAGCCAGUGAUAAAAGUCCACUUCCAAUUUUUGUAUAUGCCCGUCCGGUUUUCACUGACGUGUCUCUGCAAUUCCUUUCUCAGGUUGACCUUGUGAAUACAAUUGGUGAGACCAUUGCUCUAGGUGCCUCUGGAAUUAUAAUGUGGGGCAGCCUCACUUUAAGCCUAACCAGGCAAUCUUGUAUGAACCUAGGCAAUUACAUGAAGACUACACUGAAUCCUUACUUAAUCAACGUCACCCUAGCAGCCAAAAUGUGUAGCCAAGUGCUUUGCCAGGAGCGAGGAGUGUGUACAAGGAAACACUGGAAUUCAAGCGACUAUCUUCACCUGAACCCAGUGAAUUUCGCUAUUCAAACUGUGAAAGGUGGAAAAUACACUGUACAUGGGAAACCCACACCUGAAGACCUGCAACAAUUUUCUGAAAAAUUUUAUUGCAGUUGUUAUGCCAAUAUCCGCUGUAAGGAGACAGUUGAUAUAAAAAACAUUCAUACUAUUAAUGUAUGUAUUGCUGAAGAUGUUUGUAUAGAUGCUUUUCUAAACUCAGAACGCAGAGAUCGUUCGGCUAGCUGGAAAGAGAUAUCUUCUACUGCUUUCAGCAAUACCUCGUCCUCCACACCAGCUGCCACAGUGUCUCCAUGUGUUGCUGGGAAAGAUCUCCGUGGAUUUCUCAAAGCCAGGUGUUCAGUGGAAGACCUCUCCAACAACACCCAAGGUGUUAACUGGAAAAACACUUCCAGUCAGUUACAUAUUCAAAACAAGAAAAAUGAAACAACCUAUUUAAGUACAAGUUCAGUGCUUAUUAGAUUUCCUGUCUACGUGCUUUGUAUUUUUAUAUUUUUCACAUUUUUAUGUUUACUAGUUUAGCUAGCUUAGAUUACUUUUUUAGGCAAAUGAUGAUCCCUAUAUAUUUAAAGUUUUAUAUUUGAAAUGUGAAUCAAAACUCAUGGUCAAGAUAGUAUUUUAAUUUUUUGAGCAAAGAUUGCUUUCUCAUGAUCAAAUUGAACUUGAAAUUAUUACUGAUUGAUAAACAAAGAAUUGUGACUAAAACCUUUAAUUUUCGAAAUCGUAGUCAGGUCAGUGUUAAUACUAAAUCCAUUGAUACUACAUUUUGCUUUUGAAACUCGAAGUAGACUCUUGAUAAUUAAGAUAGCAUAGAAUUUGCUUUGUAAGAUGAUAUCCAACUUUGUAUUUUCUAAUUGCCAUGAGUGUAUAGCAAAUAUUUCACAUGCUGUGAAUGUAUAUAUACUAAGAGCUACCUGUUAUAUUCUUGAUUCUACCAAAGACUGAUUGUAAGGCCUAUAAUACUUAGAGGCUUAGUGUUCUGAGAAAAGUGAAGAUUUGAAUAAUGCCAAUUUACUGCAAAUGGAUGUCUUUAUAAGUAGCUUGU